AUGGCCCUGAAGCCACCCUCCACGCUCAUCAUCGUCGUCGUCGUCAUCAAUCGUUCCAUCCGCCAAUGCUUGGGCAAGGAUCGCUUAUCGAUGAUUGAGCCCCCGCGGCCGGCACGGGACGUGGGCUCCAUUGCCCUCUUGGCGAUGGAGAAGGACACUUCACUGGGCUUUGCCUGCAUUCUGGGUUCCAGCCUUUGUACUUGGUCAAGGAAUGAAGAAGCUGCCGAAUGGGUGCAAUACAGGGUCCUCGAGCUCGAGAAAACAAUACCUGUUGCCAAUCCCAAAGACAAGCCAUACGUGGUCGGCUUUGCAGAGGGUGUGGGUGUCAUCUUCGUUAGCUCGGGUGUUGGCUUAUUCACCGUCAAGCUCAAUUCUGGGCAGGUUAAGAAGGUUGAUGAGCCUGGAAAAUACUUCAGCGUCCUGCCCUACAUGAGUUUUUACACUCCAGAUCGUGGCAGAUUGUUGUCGCUAGCGAGGACUCCCUGAUCUGAUGUGCCGCUCAAUAAUACUGAUGUGCUGCAAACAUGGACUAAUCCAUCAUCUUUUAGCUGCUGCUGUUGGCUUCGUCCAAGCUACUAAUAGCAGGUUGUUUGUGCUUCUGGUAAACAGUUUAAGCAUGAAGGGUGCAAGUAAAUUGUGAUCAGUUGUGGUUGUUCUGUCUCAGUUUAUCCUGAUAACGUGGAUAGAAAAUUGGGCUUCCGUUUAUUAAGUUAGUUUCUUAUCUACUAUGCAGUUUAAGUGGUUUUCUUGUAUCCUGUUCAUAUCGAGCGCAAAUGGUAGUUAUGGCUAACUGUGUUUUUGUUGCUGAAAUAAUAAGGACCAUUAAUG